AUGGAUCACAUACCCACGCCAGAGCAUCCCUACCGACCCGUUCAUGUGCCUUGGUUGAGUGGAAGCCCGAGUCUCAGCUCUGAGUACGAUUGCAAGGGAUUCCUCGAUUUCCCUUCGCGGCAUGGCAGGAGCACGCAGAGUUUACAGAAUGCCGAUUUCGAGGGCAAGGACGCUGCACAGACGGCGGCCUUCCUUCAAGAGUGGCUCUACUUUGGGUUGAUUAGCUCCGUCUUCCAGAUCUGCGGCAUCACUUUCAGCAGGCACGAUCUCCUGCGACACACGUCGGGGCUCAAACGCAGAACCUUCAUCACCACGAGAACACUGGGCAAAUACUUGCAGCAAUGGUACGACAAGGAAAAGUACGCCUCGCCGUCUGCAAAGGCGGAGCACGAAGGAGACGUCAGCUACAAUUUCACCUUUGUCUCAGGGGUGCUUGAGACCUUCAAUGGAAAAUUAAGAACCGCGGGCAACGAUGCCGAAGCGACGUAUCUGCGCAACUGCCUGCCCGGAGAAGUCGAACUAUCAGUUGUCGUCUUGCUGGCCACGAUCGAGUACUUCCACAUGGUCAUCUAUGAUCCUCCGAGUAGACUGGUGGUCCCUACAUGCGCUUGGCUCUCGUCGCUGAUGGUAAGCGAAGGCUGGUGCGUAGGGCAAGUGGCCAGACUGUGGAAGCGACAUAGGAAUGUUUUGACCAUGUAUUACUUCAAGAUGCUGGGUCCGCCGGCAGUCAACAAGGACCAUUCCCGUUGUUCGAAGAGUCGGUGCGCAGCCAAUGACAUACUGGAAGACGUAUAUAUCACCGCCCAUUGUCCCGUAGAGCCUUCCUUUAUGCACUUUCAAAUGGGCCCGCCCAGCGAUAAGCUCGUCGCUAUAAUAAUGGACGGGAGUGUUCCCAUCAUAUCGGUCCGGUGUCCAACCACCGCACAAAAUCGGAAAUGGGAUGAUUCCUUGGACCUGGAGGUUAUCGCAUAUACUGGAGACACUCCAUAUGUCGCGAUAUCCCACGUCUGGUCCGACGGGUUGGGAAAUCCUCGAGCGAAUGCACUACCGGUUUGUCAGUUGAAAGCGCUCAGAACGCAGCUACAAUAUAUGAUCCUUACAAACCCGGAGUACUUUGACGAUAUCUUUCCCGAAGGCUUGCAUAUCCACAAGAGAGCACACCUGGAGCGGCUUUAUUUCUGGAUCGAUACUCUUUGCAUCCCUGUCAAUAACCUCGAAAUAAGAAAGAAAGCCAUCCUGGACAUGCGCAACGUCUUUGAAGCAGCAUCCGCCGUCUUGGUGAAAGACGUCGAGUUGAAUGCACAGAGCCGGUACUGUCCUCUCGAAGAGCUCAUGGCCCGAGUCUGCGUCUCUCCCUGGUGUGAACGGUUGUGGACUCUGCAAGAAGGAGCCUUGAACGAUCGGGUCUUUGUCCAAAUGUCCCAUAACGAGGUCGUUCCCCUUGAUGAUUUGAACGAGCCGACCCGGUCGCUCGUUCUGCUAUCGGAUGAAUUGCUCGGUGCCGAGACGUCUGGUUCCGCCGACCAUGUUUCCGCAUCGGUAAACGGCGAGGACGAUGGUCGAUCAGGACAGUUGGACUUUGCCGCCAAGUUUGGGGCGUGUCCUUCGGCCAUUCUAUCCAUGAACGUUCUUCCCUCCAGCAUCGGAUCCAACUCCAUUUUGCGUCAAAGAAAAGCAGAAUUGUUCUUGCACAUAUUGACCGAAGUACAAUACAGACAAACUAGCAAAGCCUCGGACGAAGCAAUCUGCAUUACGACGUUGCUGGAUGCAGGAGUGGAAGACGUGCUCAGGCACGACAAUCGUGAGAAACGGUGGACUACCUUCUUAUCAGUUGUGGAGGAUGUUCUUUCGGCGCGCAUUGUUUUUACUAACUUACCUAGGAUGGCCCUGAGGGGAUAUCGUUGGGCGCCACGGUCAUUCCUGAACUCCGCCCAGAGACCGGAGCUCGAAAGAGUAGUCAACAUCUACAGCUUGGACACAGGAAACCACGAGCUCCAACACGAUUCGGACCUCGACGAGCCACACCACGCGCGACAGGUUUCCAAACCUGUUCGCAUCGACGAACGCGGGCUGAUGGUUGCAUUCCCAGGAUUCACGUUUCAGCCGCUUACAGAUCCUUUGUCGCCCGAGUUUUGUUUCGCAGAGGAAGACGGCGACGUUACUUAUUGGUGCAUUACGGAGUAUUCCCGGACUUAUUUCGAAGCAUAUUUUGGGGGCACUGCUUUUCUGCCGGAGCAUCCUUGGGACGCCGUGAAGGCAGGGACAUCUUCGCGGCUGUCAGUCGUCCUAGAGAAUCAUUUCUCGGACCCCACUGCGCCGGCCCGGGGGGCAUUGUUGAUGAAUUGUUCUGAUGAGGCCAACGUGGUAUACGGCACGUAUUUGUGUCUGAUCCUUGUCAUUCGGACCACAAGAAGCUACCACCUGCCGGAAUUUGAACUGGCAAAGGAGAAAAUGGUCCAAAAUACGGAGCACGCCCAGUGGGAACUGGCCGUGGGUGCCAAGUUCGGCGGGCAACAGAAGUGGUGCAUCGCAUAA